AUGCUAGAUCCUGCCAGUACUCAGUCCAAGCAGCUAAUGCAGGCUCCUGUUGCACCUUUGACCUGGCAGUUUCCCCACAUGCCAGAAGAGCCCCAACAGCCAGCAGUACCUUUUCAGCUACAGGUACCCAGCCCUCCUGAUAGUGUAGCAGCACAAUGUGCAGAGCACUUUGUCCAUGUGGAGGUUAAAAAGGACUUCUAUGGAAAUGGUCACUUGGCAGAUCCCUCAUCCUUUAGUUUAGGAGGCUGUGCAGCUGUAGGGGAAGAUCCUAAUUCUCAUGUGCUUAUCUUUCAAUACGAGCUCCACACAUGUGGUAGUUCUUUGACGAUGACUGCUGAUGAGUUGGUGUACACAUUCACUCUACUCUACACUCCUGGUGCUCUAGUUGGAACUCCCAUUGUGAGAGCUGAUGCAGCUGCUGUUGCAAUUCACUGUCACUAUCCAAGGAUGCAGAAUGUAAGCAGUGACGUGUUGAUGCCUGCUGCAGUUCCUUUUGCUGCUACCAUAGUUUCAGAGGAAGUGCUGGUGUUCUCCCUUAAGCUCAUGACUGAUGAUUGGAUGUUUGAGACCAGUCAACAGUAUUUUCUUGGCCAGUUCAUGAACUUUGAAGCUUCUGUGAAGCAGUACAACCAUGUUCCCCUGCGUGUUUUCAUUGAUGGCUGUGUGGCUACUGCAGUCCCUGAUGUGAACUCUGUUCCAAGAUAUUCCUUUAUUGAGAACCAUGGGUGCCUGGUUGAUGCCAAGCUUACAGGUUCUCCUUCCCAUUUCAUGCACCGAGUUCAGAAUGACAAGCUGCAGUUUCAGUUGGAGGCUUUCAAGUUCCAGCAAGCUGGUAACAGCUCGGUCUACAUUACGUGUGCUUUGAAGGCUCUCUUGGCUUCAACUCCUACAAAUCCAGAGAGCAAAGCUUGCUCUUUUGCCAAUGGAUGGACUUCUGCAGAUGAAAGUGACGACGUGUGCACGUGCUGUGACUCCAUAUGUGGCUCGACUAGGAAAGGAAGAGCAGUAUCUGAUUUGGGCCUGGUUUCAGAAGGAAAGGCAACUAUUGGCCCCAUUGUGAUCUCUGACUGAAGUAGUGGGUUGUCAAGAAUGACCAAUAAAAUGUUGAAACGGA